AUGUCAGCCUUGAGGCAGAUCUUAGUCAUUGGUGGAACGGGUGCCCAGGGCAUUCCAGUUAUUAAAGCGCUUUCCGAAAGUAAACGUUACUGUGUAAGGGUACUGACUCGAGACUCUAAGUCGCGACGAAGCCUGGAACUAGCCGCUUUGCCCAAUGUUACCCUCCUCGAAGGUAGCCAAGACAACUUGGAGGAUCUCCGAAGAGCGUUCGAAGGAGUUUAUGGAGCUUGGGUUAACCUAGACGGGUUCACUCUUGGCGAGAAGAACGAGGGCUUUUACGGCGUCAGGGCUUAUGAGAUAGCUAGACACCAAGGGGUAAAGCAUUACAUUUGGGCCAAUUCAGAUUAUGCACUUCGCAAAUCGGGUUGGGAUGAGAAAUAUCACUGGGGUCAUAACGAUGCCAAAGGUCGCAUCGGUGACUUCAUACUCAGCCAUGGCCAAGAAAGCAUGAAGACGACACUUUUUACCACCGGGCCAUACAUGAAUAUGCUCUUCGACGGCAUGUAUGUGCCAAAGGAGCAAGACGACGGAUCGUUUGUUUGGGCUAAUCCUGCCAGUGAUGGCAAGAUACCACUGAUAGCUCUUGAAGAUGUGGGCGUCUAUAACCUAUGGAUCUUCGACAACCCACACGAAUCAGCUGGGCUUGAUCUAGAGGUCGCCACUGACCAAGUUAGUAUGACCGACAUCGCGAAUACAUUUACCAAGGUCACUGGAAAGAAAGGAGUUCACAAAAAAAUAUCACUCGAUGAAUAUUUGGAUCUUGCCGAACCUUACCCCAAUGCAUAUACUAAUUGGGCAGCGGGCCCCGAUGCCAUUCGAGACAAGGAUAUAAUGACUUGGAGAGAGAAUUUUACCGCUUGGUGGCGGUACUGGAGCGAGGGUAAGGGUGCGACCAGAGACAUGACAUUAUUGGAUAAAAUUCAUCCUCAGAGAAUUAAAAGUUUAGAAGAAUGGAUGCGAACCGUGAACUAUGAUGGAAGACAACGAGAGGUAAUGAAAGGACUUGAAGACUUGAGAGCUAAGAAAUCGGCGAUUGACCCCUAA